AUGCUACGGUGGAUCAACAAACUAUCACGAAGAAUGACCAUCAACAUCGAGGAUUUCAAUGUCAUCAAAGAAGGUAAAGCCUCGGUGCUUGUACCUAAACAAGAGACGGUCUUCUAUAACCAUAUCCAGCAGUUCAACAGAGAUCUCUCGGUGAUGGCUAUCAAGGCCUGGCUUGAAGGGUACAAUGCAAAGAGGGAACUAAAGGCGCUGAAGAAGCGUAAGGCCGAGGAAGAGAAUGGCGAAAAGGCAGCUCCAGCUGUGAGUACAGAGAAUCGCAAGUUUGUUCGUAUUCUCGAGGCUCUCUCGGCGUCGGGACUCAGGGCUUUGAGAUAUGGCCAUGAAGUGCCUCAGGUAUCGAGAAUUGUGGCUAACGAUUUGCUUCCUGCUGCUGUGGCGUCGAUUAACCGUUCGGCUGAGUAUAAUAAGCUUGAUGAUUUGGUUAAGGGUAACCAGGGUGACGCUAUCACGUAUAUGGGGUCUGUUACUGAUAAGGAUAGGUUCCAUGUGGUGGACUUGGACCCUUACGGAACGGCAGCACCAUUCUUGGAGAGUGCCAUUCGCCUGGUUUUGGACGACGGGUUGCUUAUGGUUACUUGUACAGAUGCUGGUGUUCUUGCUGGAAACGGGUACCCUGAGAAGUGUUAUGCUUUAUAUGGUGGAAGUAACUUUGGCAACACCACGUUUGGCCUGGACGCCAACCACGAGGCAGGUAUUCGUCUUUUGCUUUCCACUAUUGCCAAUAUCGCUGCCAGACACAAGAAGUUCAUUGAACCAGUGCUCAGUUUGAGCAUAGACUACUACUUCCGUGUAUUCGUGAAGGUCAGUACCAGUGCAGCCCAAGUCAAGCAUUUAUCUUCAACCACCAUGAUGGUUCACCAUUGCAUUGGCUGUGGCUAUAUGGCAGAGCAGAGAAUGGGCAGAGCUAGCGGCCACAAGUUCCAGACGCCGAGAGCUGUUUCUGUAGGACCCACCUGUCCAUGCUGCAACAGUCCAUUCCACGUUGCCGGUCCAUUAUGGGGCGGUAAAUUGCACAACAAGGAGUUUGUGGAGCAGGUUCUCUCCGUGAACGCCAAAGCCGAUAAAGAAGUUUAUGGCACGACAGACAGAAUCAAGGGUAUGCUUACGUUGGCCAAAGAAGAGCUCGAAACGCCAUUCUAUACUAAUCUUGGUCGUUUGCCCAGUCUUUUCAAGGCAUCAACCAUUCCAAUCACAGAGUUUGCACAGGCAUUGGGCAACUUGGGCCAUGAAGUGUCGUUGACCCACGCCAAAGCCAAUUCCAUUAAAACCACAGCACCAAGAGAAGACGUUUUGCUUGUGGCCCACAGAUGGGUUCGCCGAAGCAACGAAAAGCGUCUUCAGGAACUUAAAGCUAGCCUUGAGUCCACCACAGACGAAAACAAAAGAAAACAAAAGGAAGAGGCUAUCAAAGAAAUCGAAAAGAACCCAUAUGCCACCAAAAACCUCACCGAAAACAUGCCUGGGUUCCAUGUACAGAAGUUCCUCGAGAAGGAUACCAGAGAAGUUGAUUUCGAGACGCCGAACGAGUUCAGCGACCGUCUUUUAAAGCUCAGAAAGAUCAAGAUGGUGAGGUUCCAAGAGACGCCAGCCAACUGGGGCCCCAAAGCCAGGCCAGGCAAGAAGCAAAAGACAGAGUAA